AUGAGUGAUGUGAUGAUGGAUGUGAUGAUGGGAGUGGAUGAUGAGGAUGUGAUGAUGGAUGAUGAUGAUGAAGUUCCAGAUCAGGCUAGACUGUGUGACCUGGAGGACCAGGCCAAGGCCUCCAAGAAGGGCAUGUGGACGGAGGGCGGCGGCACCAACACCGUACGCGACCUCAAGUACAUAAUCGAGAACCCCCGCAACUUCGUUGACUCCAUGCACCAGAAACCUGUCAAUGCCGUCAUUGAGCACGUGCGCGACGGUAGCGUGGUCCGUGCCCUGCUCCUGCCCGACUACUACCUGGUCACGGUCAUGCUCUCUGGGGUCAAGUGUCCGACGUUCAAGCGCGAGGCGGACGGCACAGAGUCGCCAGAGCCCUUCGCUGCCGAGGCCAAGUUCUUCACGGAGUCGCGUCUGCUCCAGAGGGACGUGCAGAUCAUCCUGGAGAGCUGCCCCAACCAGGUCAUCCUGGGUACCGUCCUCCACCCGAACGGGAACAUCACAGAGCUGCUGCUGAAGGAAGGGUUCGCCCGCUGUGUGGACUGGUCCAUGGCCGUCUACACCCAGGGGCAGAGAAACUCCGGCCGGAGAAAAGUCAGUCCCUCUCCUCCCUUCCCUUCCCCAACCAAAACCACUACCCAACAUAUAUCUGCUAAAGAACGUAAAGUGCGUAUCUGGAAGGACUACGUAGCCCCCACAGCCAACAUGGACCAGAAGGACAGGCAGUUUGUGGCCAAGGUCAUGCCGGUCCGUGAUGCGACCGCCGUCAGUGGUAAGCUUAACUCUGGCGAGUACAAAAAUCACCUGUCCAGCAUCCGACCCCCCAGGAUCGAGGGCGAGGAGAAGAACAAAGACAAAGACAAGCGUUUCCGUCCCAUCUACGACAUCCCCUACAUGUUCGAGGCCCGCGAGUUCAUGAGGAAGAAGAUCAUUGGCAAGAAGGUAAGAGAACCACGCCCACAAGUCCCACUCACGUAG